AUGACAGUUCUAAUCAAGUUGGGUCUAAGGAUAUUGCAUGUAUACAAAGGAUUCUUUCGGAAAGUAAUCCUGAAAUAUUUUUUUUUUUCGUCUGAACAUACGAAAGUAAAUAAAAAAAGUUCAAUGCAUGCCUUCCUAUGCAAGAUUUAUAAAAGGUGA